GGUCGUUAGGCUCGCUCUGCAGUCGGCCGUGUCGCACGACAGCGCCUGGCUCGGACGACGGCCGCCGCUCUGAGACUCUGCUCUGAAGCUCUCCGCCUCGACAUGGCUCGGGCACCGACGGUCGACGGGGCGACAAGCUCGUCCCGCUCGAGCGGCUCUCAACGCCAACCAGCCAUGCGGACGGCCAAGUGGUACAUGUGCGUCUUCCUGGUGGCGUUCCUCUACUUCUACGUGAUGCUGAUCAAGCAGGUGCGCGGCGCCGAGCUGCCCCCGAGUGCCGAGGCCCGGCAGGCCGGCGGCCGCGCGCCGCCCGACUACGACCCGCAGUUCUCCGACGGCGAGACGGACGCCGUCGGCUUCAGUUACCACGACCACGAGCAGCUGACUGCCUACUUGCGCCGUAUCUCGACCGAGUACCCUGAGAUCACCGCCCUGUACUCGGUCGGCAAGUCCGUGCAAGGUCGUGACCUCUGGGUCCUGGUGGUGUCGUCCUCCCCGUUCGAGCACAUGAUCGGCAAGCCCAACGUGAAGUACGUCGGCAACAUUCACGGAAACGAGGCGGUCGGGCGUGAAGUGCUGAUACACCUGAUCGAGUACCUGGUGAGGCGUCACAACUCGGACCCGUACGUGCGCUGGCUGCUGGACAACACGCGCGUCCACAUCAUGCCCUCGAUGAACCCGGACGGCUUCGAGGUCAGCCGCGAGGGCGCCUGCGAAGGCGGCCAGGGCAGGUUCAACUCCUUGAGCUACGAUCUGAACCGCAACUUCCCGGACUACUUCAAGACCAACAACAAGAAGUCGCAGCAGGAGACGGAUGCCGUCAAGGAGUGGAUCAACAAGAUCCAGUUCGUGCUGUCAGCUCAGCUGCAUGGCGGCGCCCUCGUGGCCAGCUACCCGUUCGACAACACACCCAACUCCAAGGACGGUAAUGCGGUGCGAAAGGAGCCGGUGUUUGGUCGGCAAGGACGCGCCUGGUAUGAUCCGUUCCUGCAGCCCCUCCAAGCGGCAGUGUCGGAACCUGUCCGAGUCCUGCGCCAGUUCAGCAGCACCGAGUCCCGCUCGCCGGAUGACGACACCAUGCGCCACCUGGCCAAGGUGUACUCGUUCAACCACCUCAAGAUGCACAAGGGCGCGCCGUGCCCGGGGAAGCUGGGCGCCGACCGGUUCAAGGACGGCAUCACCAACGGCGCCAAGUGGUACCCGCUGACUGGUGGUAUGCAGGACUUCAACUACGUCUGGCACGGCUGCAUGGCGCUGACGCUGGCGCUCUCUUGCUGCAAGUACCCGCCGGCCUCCCAGCUGCGCUCCUUCUGGCACGACAACAGGAAGGCGCUGGUGAAGUUCGUGGCCGAGUCGCACCGCGGCGUGCGCGGCUUCGUGACGGACCGGAACAACAACCCAAUCGAGGGCGCCGCGCUCAAGGUGCAGGGCCGCAACGUCGGCUUCCAGACCACGCAGCACGGCGAGUUCUGGCGCAUCCUGUUGCCGGGCACCUACGUCAUGGAGGUGUUCGCUGAGGGCUACUACCCGCGCGAGCAGCAGUUCUCCGUGCGCGAGGAGUACCCGACUGAGCUGACCAUCGCCAUGGACAGAGUGCCGGACGUGAACCGGCAGGACUUCACGCAGCCGCCGAUCGCGCCGCCGCCGCCCACGCCGGCGCCGUCCGGAAUCGGUGGCCUUUGGACCCGCAUCCAGGGCGGUUUCCAGAGCCACGUUAAGUGGUGGCGCUCGAGGCGGACUAUGUUCAAGUUCCACUCCGUCCACGGGUCCCACGUGUCGCUGGAGAAUGAUGACACUUGCGCCUCGCGCCGCGAGGGCUUCUGCAACGGUAUCACCUUCAGCUCUGGCCCGCUGUUGCGCGGCGAGCAGUACCACCUGCGGCUGACCCAGGUCACCGACUGGAACGGCGCCGUGCGCGUGGGCGUGACCUGGCACGACCCGGCCACGCUCACCUCGCUGCCGCGCUACUCCUUCCCCGACCUGAUCCGGCGACCCGGCUUCUGGGUGCGCACCGUGCGAGAGCAGCACCUCCGAGACGGCGCCAGGGUGCACUUCUGGCUGACGGAGGAGAGCGAGCUGCACGUGUCGGUGAACCAUCGCCAGGUGACGCGGCUGGCUACCGGCGUGCCGGCCGACCGGCCGCUCUGGGCCCUCAUCGACGUGUACGGCAACACGCAGGCCGUCCAGAUCACGUGCGACGAGCCGGAGGAGAUCGAAGAGGAGUACCAGACUGCCAUCGCUCGCAACGUGGUGCGCGAGCUGCUCAAGGACAGGAAGUCCCGCGAGAUGGCCAAGCUGAAGAACCGCUCGUCGUCUCGCUCUUUUUCCAGCACAUUCAGGGUGACGGACGAGGGGGCGCUGAAGGAGCUGCCGGCCGACAUCGGCGCCUGCGGCUCUCAACGCCAACCAGCCAUGCGGACGGCCAAGUGGUACAUGUGCGUCUUCCUGGUGGCGUUCCUCUACUUCUACGUGAUGCUGAUCAAGCAGGUGCGCGGCGCCGAGCUGCCCCCGAGUGCCGAGGCCCGGCAGGCCGGCGGCCGCGCGCCGCCCGACUACGACCCGCAGUUCUCCGACGGCGAGACGGACGCCGUCGGCUUCAGUUACCACGACCACGAGCAGCUGACUGCCUACUUGCGCCGUAUCUCGACCGAGUACCCUGAGAUCACCGCCCUGUACUCGGUCGGCAAGUCCGUGGCAAGUGCGAAGUCAGGUCGUGACCUCUGGGUCCUGGUGGUGUCGUCCUCCCCGUUCGAGCACAUGAUCGGCAAGCCCAACGUGAAGUACGUCGGCAACAUUCACGGAAACGAGGCGGUCGGGCGUGAAGUGCUGAUACACCUGAUCGAGUACCUGGUGAGGCGUCACAACUCGGACCCGUACGUGCGCUGGCUGCUGGACAACACGCGCGUCCACAUCAUGCCCUCGAUGAACCCGGACGGCUUCGAGGUCAGCCGCGAGGGCGCCUGCGAAGGUGGCCAGGGCAGGUUCAACUCCUUGAGCUACGAUCUGAACCGCAACUUCCCGGACUACUUCAAGACCAACAACAAGAAGUCGCAGCAGGAGACGGAUGCCGUCAAGGAGUGGAUUAACAAGAUCCAGUUCGUGCUGUCAGCCCAGCUGCAUGGCGGCGCCCUCGUGGCCAGCUACCCGUUCGACAACACACCCAACUCCAAGGACGGUAAUGCGGUGCGAAAGGAGCCGGUGUUUGGUCGGCAAGGACGCGCCUGGUAUGAUCCGUUCCUGCAGCCCCUCCAAGCGGCAGUGUCGGAACCUGUCCGAGUCCUGCGCCAGUUCAGCAGCACCGAGUCCCGCUCGCCGGAUGACGAUACCAUGCGCCACCUGGCCAAGGUGUACUCGUUCAACCACCUCAAGAUGCACAAGGGCGCGCCGUGCCCGGGGAAGCUGGGCGCCGACCGGUUCAAGGACGGCAUCACCAACGGCGCCAAGUGGUACCCGCUGACUGGUGGUAUGCAGGACUUCAACUACGUCUGGCACGGCUGCAUGGAGCUGACGCUGGAGCUCUCUUGCUGCAAGUACCCGCCGGCCUCCCAGCUGCGCUCCUUCUGGCACGACAACAGGAAGGCGCUGGUGAAGUUCGUGGCCGAGUCGCACCGCGGCGUGCGCGGCUUCGUGACGGACCGGAACAACAACCCGAUCGAGGGCGCCGCGCUCAAGGUGCAGGGCCGCAACGUCGGCUUCCAGACCACGCAGCACGGCGAGUUCUGGCGCAUCCUGUUGCCGGGCACCUACGUCAUGGAGGUGUUCGCUGAGGGCUACUACCCGCGCGAGCAGCAGUUCUCCGUGCGCGAGGAGUACCCGACUGAGCUGACCAUCGCCAUGGACAGAGUGCCGGACGUGAACCGGCAGGACUUCACGCAGCCGCCGAUCGCGCCGCCGCCGCCCACGCCGGCGCCGUCCGGAAUCGGCGGCCUUUGGACCCGCAUCCAGGGCGGUUUCCAGAGUCUGUUCGGCUAGAGCUGCCGGCUCCAGCGGCGUCAGCGGAGGCCGCCGCGGGCAGCGAUGUCCCCUGUGGUGCCUUGCGCGGCUUCAGCUCGCGCGCGACUCUGGGCGGUUCGUCGAGUGAACAUCUCAUGCGAGGGACAUGAUUGGGGGGAUUGCUUGAGACAGCUGCGCGGCGGACAUGUGGUGGAGCACGCACGCGCCUGCUUGUGCAGGGGGGGGGGGGAGGGAGCGUUCGUGUACGGUGCGUCUCGUCUUGGAAGGACUGUUACUGUUGUUGAGCGAUGCUGCGAUCAGUGAUACGUUUCUGUGGACGAGGAGUGUCGUGUGGUUGACCAGCAAAACUUGUUGAUAGAUUGUUGUGCUAUUCAUGGGAGAUAUGCUGCGCUUGCAUGCAUGCAUUGUUUUGCCCCUAGAUGUGAUGAUGCUUUCGGAUCGUUAUCUUCGCGCCGUUUAAACGGAACACGACUAUUGCCGAAGUUGCGGUCACCAUGGUUGUUAGUUGUUAGUGACAGCGCAGUAAGGCGAAUAGCCCACUCCCUGUCGAGACAUAUAUUUCCAAGUCUGUUGGCAUAUGUAACGGCCACUUUUCCGACCAAUGUCAGUAGUAUUUCAUCCGUCCCAACUGUCUUCCAGUCUGAACAGGGUCGCCUUGAUAGUGUACAGAACUCGAACAAGCUCUUAGAAUACGAUAACGGCGACUUAGUCUAAGAGGCUUCAUUUCUGACUUGUUCAUCAUUUUGUGUGUCUGAACAGUGGUAAAUAUAUAAUAUUUUAUGCU